GAGAGAGAGAUCAGAGACGGGGAAGGAAGGCAGGAAGGAAGGAAGGGGGAAAUAAAAUAGAAAUCGAGAAGAAGAAAAGGAUCAAUAAUCAUCAUCAUCAUCAUCAUCAUCAUCGUCAAAAUCGGAGGGCGAUCGAAAUUUGGAGAAGAAAGGAAAGGAAACUAGGAAAGAGAAGAUCCAAUCGAAGGUGAAUGAUGUACGUACGGGCGGUUCCGACGACGGAUGUGAAUCGGAACACGGAGUGGUUCACGUAUCCAGGUGUGUGGACGACUUACAUCCUCAUCCUCUUCUUCGGCUGGCUCCUCGUUCUCUCCAUCUUCAACUGCUCCCCUGGCAUGGCCUGGACCAUCGUCCACCUCGCUCAUUUCUCCGUUACAUAUCAUUUCUUUCACUGGAAGAAGGGAACACCGUUUGGGGAUGACCAGGGAAUCUACAACAGGUUGACUUGGUGGGAACAGAUUGACAACGGCAAGCAGCUCACUCGCAAUCGCAAGUUCCUCACUCUUGUUCCUGUUGUCUUGUACUUGAUAGCAUCUCACACGACAGACUAUCAACAUCCGAUGCUCUUUCUGAACACGCUUGCUGUAUUUAUAAUGGUGGUUGCAAAGUUCCCACACAUGCACAAGGUUCGCAUCUUUGGAAUCAAUGCAGACCAAUGAAACCACCACCAUAUGCGUUAUAAUGAACUCAGAUAUAUAUAUAUAUAUAUAUAUGUCUGACCAUCAUCAUGGAUGGAUGGAGCCUUGAAAUGACACAUACAUAUAUGCCACUUUUGUCUUCUUCUUCUUAGAUUUUCCUCGUUAUUAAUGUAAAAGCCAAAGAAGUCAGAGAGAAGGGUUUGUAAGUCUCAACCCGCGGUUUAGUAAAUUUUAAAAUUUUACGUUAUACAGUCGAGACUUUUGGUCAUUGUUGCUUGCUAACUUAUACUGUUAUUGUGAAAUCCAGAAGAAAAAGAAGAAAGAGGAUAUUUGAUUACGA